AUGCCGCACACUCCUGGCUGGGGAGCGCUGCCCAUCCUGCUCCAGGAAGGACUGUACUCCUGGAAUGUCAGUUCCAGAAAGGUCUCAGUGCACUGCCAGCCUCUUCCUACAGAACUGACCCCGCUGUGGGAUGCUUUAGUGGUACCCGGGUACUCCAUCCAGAAGAACAGGGCAGGUGACCGCGGCGCGGUGCUCCCGGAGGGGCGGCUCAGCGCCCCGGCGCUCCGCCCGGCAGCAUCCCCGCGGCGGGGGCGGCGGCGGGCACCGGGCCCGGGGGAUGCACAGCGCCCGCCGAGAAGGGGCUGCGCCGCCUGCACCGCCUCGGCGGCACUGUGCGCUCGGCAGGAGGAGGAGGAAAAGGAGGAGGGAGGGAGGGAGAGGGAGAGAGAGGCAGGCGGAGGGAGAGAGGCAGGAGGAGAAGGAGCCCUGCGCGGCAGCGCGGCCAACUUUCCUUCUGCAGCGCAGCAGGAACAGCCUCCCGUCCCUCGGAGUGUAACCCCCGCCCCGGCGCAAUGCCGAGCGCACUGGGCUGCAUCGAGGGGUGUUCCCCGCUCUCCUAACAAUCCUGUGCGACAGGGGGCAGAUGAUUUCUUCAGAGCUUUGUAUUUCCUACAAAGGGAGAAUAAAAAUCACCUCAGUGACAGCACAGGCUUGAUAUGGAAAGGCUUCAGAGGAGCUUCAGGCCCAGCUGAGAUGCUGCCCAUGGACACUGGAGGUGUUGUUUGCUGUAUGCUAAGAAGGGGAGACUGUGCCCUUUUUGCAACAAUAGCAGCUUUGGAAGCUGUCCCACCUGUCGGCCUGGCUGGACUUCUCCUGAGUUUUGGGUGGUCUCCCACAGAAGACCCUCACCUGUUUUACAACCACCAUGACAGACAGACUGAGAUGUAAGGAGCCUCUCCAUCAAGGACUGAGACAUGAAACCCCCAUGUGAAAAGGCCCCUCUGCUCCUUCCAAGGACUGGGACUGAAACCCCCAGCCCGUGGAGGUGUGUGGGGAAGACAAGCUGACCAAAUGUUUGCCUGCAGGUGUGACCACUGGACCACGAAAACAAUGGCUCUUGCUUACUGCUGAGAACAUGGAAUACCUGUUACAUCUAUUCCCUAUUGUAUCUGUUCCGCCUCCCUCAUAAUUUUCAAUAGAGUUAUCGUAAUAAAAACCUCUGAGUUAGCUAGAGAUUUUGAGAUCUCCCCAGCAUAACAGUUGGAUCCUUGACUGGACUGGACCAAAGGACUUCAUCUCUACAUUUGGUAGCUAUAUCCCCCUCUUUCUCUCUCUCUCUCUCUCUUUUCUCUCUCUAUCUUUUUCUCUCCCUUAAUCCCUCUAUCACAUUUUACUGUGGACAUUCAAUAAAGUUGCAUUUG